AUGGAAGCAAUCGAGAAAGCAACCGAUAAGAUUAAAAGUGCUCUUUCUCUCUCAUACACGCACAUCGCCCAACAAUUCUCCUCUUUCCAGUGGUUCACCGGUCGUCUUGUUCUAGCACAGGAUUUACUUACGAGGGUGAGUACAAUGUCAACUCCUGCUAGAAAGAGGCUGAUGAGGGAUUUCAAGAGGUUACAACAAGACCCUCCUGCAGGCAUUAGUGGAGCACCCCAAGACAAUAAUAUAAUGCUGUGGAAUGCUGUAAUAUUUGGCCCGGAUGACAGUCCAUGGGAUGGAGGUACGUUUAAAUUGGCUCUACAAUAUUCAGAGGAUUAUCCUAAUAAGGCACCAACUGUGAGAUUUGUUUCUCGUAUGUUCCACCCAAAUAUUUAUGCUGAUGGAAGUAUUUGUUUGGACAUCUUGCAAAAUCAAUGGAGUCCUAUCUAUGAUGUUGCUGCUAUUCUCACCUCCAUCCAGUCGUUGCUUUGCGACCCAAACCCAAACUCUCCUGCGAAUUCAGAAGCUGCGCGGGCAUUCAGCGAAAAUAAACGCGAGUACAACAGGAGAGUGCGAGAGAUUGUUGAGCAGAGCUGGAAUGCUGACUAAAUCGGUUAUA